CUCAACUUCUUAGUAAACCAUAAUCUUUUUAACAACGUUUCCGGCAGUCCAAAGACUCCAAAACCUUAAUUAGGCAAUAUUUGACGACACAUUUAGCCAACUAAUCCCAUAAGGCCGUAGGCAUAAGCUCAGUGAGCCCCAAAACAGCGAACGAAAGCAGCUCAAGGGUCGUUCGACUCACCUGGUCUGGGCCAACUCAGAUGUUUGUAAACAAAUAAAAGCAAACGCGGCUAAAAGAGCAGGUGAGUGGUGGGGGGAUAAAGACCACUUGGCUCGGAGCGCAAUUGGCUUGAAAUGCAGCACGGCAAAGAGAGCGAACAAACCAAAACAUGGAGCCAAAAUACCCAAGCCACCGACUUGGCCACCUGGCUGCACUCACUCAUCGCCAGUCUCACAGAAGCGCUCAAAGCGUUCGGUCAGCCCAGCUCCAGGCAAGCGGAGUCCCAGCCAAUCCAUAUCCAUAUUCGAAAGAAAGAAAAAAAAAAGCAAGCAAAAUAAGAAAGAAAACACAGCGAAGAGAAGGCGACUUGCUGGAGUGACUUUCGUGCUGGAGAAAGGCCUAGCAUUUCUGAUUAUUUGCAAGCCAGGCACAUAGGCACACAGGCACAGUAGUCAUAGCCCAAAACGGCCACAUUUCAGCGAUCAUUAUGCGCUGACAUUGAUUCUUGGGGCCAACGUGCAUUGUCAUCGGUGGUUCAGGGCUAUCGGGAUUACCAGUUGGUGGACCCAAAAAACCAGUUGAAGGGCAACGAGACCAGCUAAAUGCCGCGAGAGAAACUCGGCGCGUAUGCGUGCACGUGCAUAAGUCACUCAAACUCAUUCGAGUCUUUUCCCUUCCUUCUGUUAAGCCAACGAAACUGGGUCGAGAACGAGACUUGGCCACAUGCUGCUCAAACUGUGGCUGCGCGGAAGUGUUAAGUUGGUUAACUAAAUGGCAUUGCAUCACAUAAACAGUCACAUAAAGGCCGCAUAAAUGCGCUAACUAGCCACAAUGAACGACAAAUGUGUACGAAAAACCGAUGGGUAAAAUUGGCAAACGUUCGAGCUGUGUGAAAAUAAUAACAACGCGGUGUUCAGCCGAUAACACAAAAGCCACGCUUUGUUCGAAGCGCGAAUCGUGUGUGAAAACCAAAAAACAAACAACCAAGCCGGCCAAUAAAUAAGCACCGAACAAGACGUGCUACACCAAAAAUAAAUAAGAAAAUAAACAAAAGUAAUACGAGUAUAUACAAGAAAAUCAUAUUGGGCAACACAUUCGCAAAAUGUCCAAGCAGUUGAAAACAAAUUCACUUUCGUUGCUGCAUUGCCAAGCAGCGCUGCUGCUGCUGUUUUCUGUGGCAGCGCUGCAGGCGCAACAAGUAAUGCAGCAGCAGCAACUACCAGCUGUUGCUGCAGCGACGACAGCUGCAACAUCGCCUGCCAGCAGCAGCAACACGAGACUCUUGAACGCAACUUCAGAUGGUGUGGCCGACACUUUCAUCGACAACACCAGCAGCAGCAAUGCCAGCAGAUAUAACCACAUGGUCCAAAGCAAUGAAAAUUCCGCCUUCUUUGAGCAGCAGCAGCAGCAACAACAGCAGCAACAGCAGCAGCAACAGCAGCAGCAGCAGCAGCAACAGCAACAACAGCAGCAACUGCAGCAGCAACAGCAGCAACAGCAACAACAGCAGCAACUGCAGCAGCAGCAGCAGCAACAACAGCAGCAACAACAGCAGCAACAGCAGCAACAACAAGCUACUGUGCAAUAUGCACACAUAUCGCCAUUAGAUAAAGAAGUAGUCGAGCGCCUGAUCAAACAGUGGGCACCGAUCGUCUGGCUGGCGCCGGAGGAGAAAUUCAUGCCGCUGGGCGUCGAGGAGUUUCUGCAGUAUGUUCAUCCAAUGGACAAGGAUAGCAGCUUCCGGCCAGGAGUUCCGUUCCGGGAAUAUUCAACGAAAUCCCACCUGGUCACGAACAAUGAGGUCCAGGAGCUUUUGGGCAACGACAAAUCCUUUCUGUACGGACGCAAUCCCAAUGAGAAAGCGGUGCCCAUCUAUGGAGUGGUCAGCUUGUGUCCCUCGACAAGGGCACCGGUAAUGCCGAUUGUGUCCACACCGCCACCCACCACCACGCGAGGUGUUUACAUUCCCGUGUCCAUUGAUCCGCUGGAGGAACGCAAUGACACCAUUCGGCGAUCGUCCAGACUGUUUCCGCUCUUCCAGCGAGUGAAACGAGAGGCACCAACCGUUCCCAAAUACAAUCAACUCAACGAGUACGAAGAACUUGUAGUGGAAGCCACACAGAAGCCCAACGCACAGCAGGAUUCGGAGGCAGAGCCGGAGAAUGGAGUACCAGUGAACAACUUCAUUGCCAACCUGGCGGACAAUGUCAAGUUCAGCGGUGGCACCGAUCCCGAUGACAAUCUGGAGGAGAACAGUAUUGGCCAGGCACCCGAAAAGGAAGCGAAUCCAGGAAAGGGCAAGCUGCCGGGUUUCCAUGUAACCUACUGGAUGUUCUAUCCCUACAGUCAGGGCAAGACCAUGUGCACAGUGAGUUUGGGGCCACUUGGAAGGAUUCCCUUCCCGGCUGUCUAUGGAUAUUGUCUGGGCAAUCGCAAGGAUAUCGGCAGCCAUGUGGGCGAUUGGGAGCACAUGAGUCUCUAUUUUAACGGCGAUGCCGAGCCACAGGCCAUGUAUGUGUCCGCCCACGAUGCGGGAGCCUACUACAGCUAUAACCGGUUGACGGGAUCCUUCGAGUUCCGCCGCCAGGAGACGCGCAAGGGCAUCUUGCAGCGCCCAAACUUUCCCAAAACGGUGACCACCUUCAAGAACCAUCCGGUUCUAUUUGCCGCCAAGGGUUCACAUGGUCUAUGGACGGCGCCAGGAAAGCAUCGCUUUGUGAAAGUGGCACGCUUGUAUGAUAUCAAUGGAUUUGGCACGCCAUGGAACACUUGGAAGGCUGUGGACAUAAGCUACGAGAACUUGAGAUCCUAUGGUCGAUCGCUGGUGCCUGAUUGGCUCACCUAUCGCGGUAAAUGGGGUAAUCCCAAGAGCAAUUGCCAUCCCUUCCGGCGGAUCGGUUUGAAUUUCUGUGAGUUCACGGAUGGACCCACGGGAAUUCCACUAAAGGAACCCCACUUUCAAUGCGGUGCUGAUUAUCGCUAGUGACGCAAACGGGGAAUAGAUCCCUAGCCUAGGCUUAAUCUAAUGUUUAAAAAAGUAUUUAUUGUGAAAACCACCCAAAAAGAUCCCUUAAAGAUUAAAAACAAAUAGAAAAUAAAAAACCCCGGACUGCUUUCUUGA